CGACACAGAUACAGCAACGUCCUGCCGUACGAUCUCAACCGUGUUAUACUGCAGCCCUCACCUGCACCGCAGCAGGGCUCCCCGGAUCCUACCUACAUCAACGCGAGCCACGUAAUCCACGAUGACGCGCAAUGCGGCUUCUCUGUUCGUUACAUCGCAUGCCAAGGUCCGCUACCCAGCACGGAAGCGGACUUCUGGCGCAUGUGUUGGGGCGAACGAGUGGGAGCGGUGGUAAUGCUAACCAAUGUCGUGGAGCGCGGCAUCAACAAAUGUUCCACAUACUAUCCUGCGCAGCCCGGAGCUCGCCUAGUGAUGGCUGUAUCGUCUAGUUCACUACACGCGGGCGAAUUGACGUACACUGUAUUGCGACUAUCAUGUAGCGGCUGUGGCGGCGCGUCGUCACGUGAUGUGACGCAUCUGCAGUACAACGCCUGGCCGGACCACGGCACACCCGCGGACGCCUCCGCCAUCCGUACAAUGUGCGAUAUGGUCGAACCGGUGCGUGGCGCCGGGGGGGCCGUUGUCGUACACUGCAGCGCUGGCAUUGGCCGUACGGGCACGUUCUGCGCCAUCGACAUAAUGCGCCGCCGACUAGCAUACCUGGAAGCCUGCGCUGCGUCGCGGCCUGGAAAUGUACGGGCCGAUGCCGUACAGGCUGCGCUCGAUCUUCCGGAGCUCGUACACUCCCUACGACGGCAGCGGUCGGGAAUGGUCCAAACCAUUGAGCAAUACGUGUUCUGCUACCAGGCUAUU